AUGAUCUCGGUGGACCUUGGCUUCCUGCGCUACGUGUCGGCGGUGGGCACCCAGGGGGCGAUCUCCAAGGAGACCAAGAAGCGCUACUACGUCCGCUCCUACAAGGUGGACCUGAGCUCCAACGGGGAGGACUGGCUCACCAUCAAGGAGGACUCCAAGCAGAAGAUCUUCCAGGGUAACCUGAACCCUACAGACGAGGUUCGCGCCUUCCUGCCCAAGCAGACGCUGGCGCGCUACGUCCGCAUCCGCCCCAUGUCCUGGGAGCAAGGCAUCUGUAUGCGCUUCGAGAUCUACGGCUGCAAAACCUCAGACUACCCAUGCUCCGGGAUGCUAGGCAUGGUGUCGGGCCAGAUCACCGAUGCCCAGAUCGUGGCCUCGUCCCACGCCGACCGCGGCUGGGUGCCUGAGAACUCAAGGCUGCUGACCGGACGAUCGGGCUGGACCCAGCUGCAGACCAAACAGCCCUUCAAGAAUGAGUGGCUGCAGGUGGACCUGGGCCAGGACAAGCUGGUUAGCGGCGUUCUGAUCCAGGGCGGGAAGCACCGCGACCGCAACGUGUUCAUGAAGCGCUUCAAGGCGGGCUACAGCCAGGACGGCCAGCACUGGACCCUGGUCCGCGAGCACAACGGGACCCGGCCCAAGGCGUUUGCUGGGAACCAGAACCACGACACCCCGGAGCUGCGUGCGUUCGGCACCCUGCUGCAGGCGCGCUACGUCAGGCUGUACCCAGAGAGGGCCACCUCAGAGGGCCUGGGGCUCCGGCUAGAAGUGCUGGGCUGUGACCUUGACGAGCCCACCACCCUGCCUCCCUCCACUGUAGCGCUGGUCACCACGGUGGCUGGGGGGGCCUCCACGUUUGGGGCCACCACGGGGGGCCCGGUCACCUCCCCCGGGACAGAGGAGGAGGUGGAGCCGAGUCCCACCCUGCCCCCUACAGCCGGAUGUGAGGAGGGAGCGAACUGUGGGGGAGGGACGGAGGACUACGACCAUACUGCAGGUGUUACCGAGGCAACGGAGCUGGCGGACAUACCAGAGUACCUGUGGUUCGCCUGUGACUUCGACUUCUCGUCCCUCUGCGGCUGGUCUCUGGAGGCCGGAACGGGAGCGGAGUGGGCCUUCCAGAGCUCCCUGGAGCCCCGUGGGGCCCCCGGCCCCGAACACACAGGCGGCUACGAGUACUUCCUCUACAUGCACCUCCACGACCACACCACCCCCCACAGCCCCGGGGCGGAGCAGGAGGAGGAACCUCCAGGAGAGGAGCAGCGGGAGCAGGGGGAGGAGGAGCAGGAGCAGCGGGUGGCCCGUCUGGCCAGCCUCCCCAUCACCGUCCCGUACGGCGAGCUGUGCCUCUCCUUCUGGUACCGGAUGAGCGGCCAGCACGCCGGCGCCCUGCACAUCAGCCAGCGCACCCAGGGGGCGCUGGCCCACCCGCUGUGGACCGUCAGCGGGCCGCAGGGCCAGCUCUGGAGGGAGGGCCGCGUCGUCCUGCCCCAGUCCGCCUCGGCCUAUCAGGUGCUGGUUGAGGGCGUGGCCGACCCAAGGAGGGGGGCCCACAUCGCCGUGGACAACAUCCGCAUCCUGGGGACCCUCGAAGACACCGACUGCAAAGAUCCAGAAGCUCCAACGUCUCCUCCAACCAAGAUCUACGUACUGCCUCUGGACUCGUACCAGCAGGACUCUGUGGGCGAGCUGGGGGCCCCGGGGAACAUGCUGCGGACCCUGGACCCCAUCCUGAUCACCAUCAUCUCCAUGUCGGCGCUGGGCGUGCUGCUGGGCGCCGUCUGCGGCGUGCUGCUGUACUGCGCCUGCAGCCAGGGGGCGCUGGCCGACCGCAACCUCUCCGCCCUGGAGAACUACAACUUCGAGCUGGUGGACGGCGUCAAGCUGAAGAAGGAGAAGAUCAACGCUCAGAGCAACUACUCCUCCGAGGCGUGAGGGGGGGAGAGGGAGGAGCAGGGGGAAGAGGAGGGGGGCGGGAUGGUGGCAGAGGACACUCUUGAGAGUGACAGUGGACGCCAGCCAAUCGGUGAUUGAGGCUUCGGACGGUGUUGACAGAAAGCCACCAAUGGGACGUAGGGGGUGUGGCCCAGGGGAGCGGGGCCUACGAUGACGACGAUGAUGAUGAUGAUGAUGAUGAUGAUGAUGAUGAUGAUGAUGACGAAGUGUGGAUGUCCUCUGGAUGUGCAGGAGACAGCCUGGGCUGUAGUGUACAAAGCUGGCCUGUACAGAGGGACACAGAGUUUUUCUGCGUGUUCUUGGCGUGUUCUCGGUUGGUUUCCUGUGUAGACACACGCCGCGCCGCAGACCGAUCGCCCUCAGAGUAUUUAUCAGUUGCUUAACUUUCCUCUGGAGAGAGAAAAAGAGAUUUGAUUUUUCAUUGUUUUGAUUUUUUUGCAGAUUAUCAUUGGUUCACACAGAAAAAGAAGAUUGAACGAUUGUAGAUUUACCACCCUGAUGUCUAGCUCUGCUGGCCGUGUGUGUGUGUGUGUGUGUUUGUGUGUGUAUGUGUGUAUUUGGAUCAAUCAGUACACACAUUAUUUGCAUGUGUCAUUCAGUGUGUGCGUAUGCGGUAUCAUGUGCGUGUUUGUGUGCGCGUGUGCAUGUGUGUGUGCUUGUGCGGGUGUGUCUGUGUGUGUGUCUGCGUGUGUGUCUGCGUGUGCGUGUGCGCCCAGAGUCCAUCCGAGCCGGCAUGUCGUUCCGAUAGUGCCUUUCAUUUCUGGAACAUUUCUGUUGCCUUUUCUUUAGUUUUACUGUCGAACCACGGCGGCCAUCUUGUCCAGGGUCCCCAUGAAUGCCUUGAAAGUUUUACGAUUAAAGUGUUACAAAGUACAGGAGAUGCUCCAACCCGCCGUGGAACAAGGCCCUACAACAAGGCCAAACAUCGUCAGUGAUAUCGUCCAUCUUGAUUAUGUUGAACCUCGAUGAAGAGAACGACCCAAGGGGGCUGGGGCGGUGGGGGCUGGUUAUGACCAGUUGGAAUCAGUGGGGUCUGGUUUGGUCCAGUUUGGAACUGCUUUUGACCAGUUGCGACCGGUUUGGACGGAUAAGGACCUGCUGGGACCGGUUCGGACUGGUUUGAGAGAGGUUUAAACAGGUUGGGACUGGUUGGAGUCGGUUUUAACUGAAUGAGACUGGUUUGAAGCGGUUGGGACACAGUAUGCUGUGAAGUUGAACUCCGUCUAUCCACUCGGCCAUGGCACAUUCUACGUCUCACAUACUGUAAAUAGGUUUAAUAUAUAUUUGAGGGUCUUUUUCUAUAUGAAGGGAGUGUUAAAUAUUAACACUUUUUUUAAAUUCUUUACCAAGAAGGUACUGCAGCAUCCUUUCCAACAAUCGGGUUCAAUGUUAAUGAAUAAAGCAGGAGACGGUGAAUGAUUCACUGUGGGCUCCGCAGAUGUUCGCCAGAGCUUAUCUGCUCGCUGUCGAUGUCGUCUGUGUUUAUGUUGUGUUUCAGAAAGGAGUCGUUUCGUUUGUUUUCGACCAGAUGCAAGGAGGAACGGAUUCCAUACAGGGUGAAAACAGGGAGAAUGUGUCACGGUUUCAGUGUUUAAAACUACAAAAAGUCAUCGAUGAUGAAUGACUUAAGAUUUGGAAUGCGUAGACUAUCAGAGAUGUGUAGAUAGAGAGUAACUUUGGCUUAUUCACGGUUAAUAAGUCACCUGUUUCUAGGCCCAUCAGUGUGUUGGUAUCACCAUGACGACCAGAAGCAGUCGUCUCUCUGAUCAACGUUUAAAAAGACGCACGCCAUUUUCUGUGUUGUGUUUUCGAUGUGUUGUGAGCCUGGUGAUAUGUGGUCGUAGAAUGUAGACUUCACGUGUUUUGAACCCCACAACAGAGAGUAAAUGAUAUUCAGCAUAUAUACACAGACAUUACAACCACCUGUACCGGAGGGAAGGAGGGGUACUAUAGUAGACCUGUUGACCUCAAAAUGGAUUCUGUUUGACGCCAACAGGAAUGGCAUGCUGGUAUCACUUGGAAAACUGUAAAACUCUGCCAAACAGUCACACGGGUACAUCUGGAGCUCCAUUGGUUCGAGCUACAGAUGUGGUCCGAUGUGAAGUCAGCCCCACGUAACGAAGAGGCCUAGACCGGCAUCCCGAGUUCCCACGAUCCCCUCACCUCAAAGAUAAAGGGACGUUUGAUUUCAUGUACCUGUGUUGUUUCGGUGUGUUGCUCUGUGCAUUGUGGUUUGGUGGGGUUGAAUUUGUACCAGAAUGUAAAGUCUGGACGAUUCCUCACACCUCGCUUCUGUCGGACCUUGUGAUGCAGACAUUUUAAGUCGAUUUUAUUUGGCUGCUUGUUGAAAACAAGAAAGGAUGCUACAGUACUUUAUGUGAAAAUAAUGUUGCACUGAUAUAUUUAAAAAAUAUAUAGAAACUAUGUCUUUAUGAUGUUGAUUUAUGAACCGAGGUCAAAGGAACGUGACAAAAAUGUUAUUAUUGUUGUUUUUCGCCCAUCAUUUCGGAUAACAUGCUGCCAUUCUGAAAUGUACAAAUUUUACGCAAAAUGUUUUCAUUCUUGAAAAAAAAAUACUUUUAGACACGUCGAUCGGAAAACGUACCAUUUAAUUUGUUAUCCUUGGUAUGAUAUGUCGUGUUUUGUCGCCUCAUGGAUGUCGCCACCAUAUUGUUUGGGUUCUCGUCCUUCGAGAGGGGCGUCAUGGCGGCCGGUUCUGGUCCGUUGAGAAGGGCGGGUUUAUGUCGUCGUCAUGGCGGUUGGUUCUAGUCCUUUGAGAGGGGCGGGUCUAUGUCGUCGUUAUGGCGGUUGGUUCGUUCUUCGAGAGGGGGCGGGUUUAUGUCGUGGACUCAAGGGGGGCAGGGUUUAUGUCGUCACGGCGGCCGGUUCUCGUCCUAGAGGGCGGGUUUAUGUCAUCGUCAUGGCGACUGUAGGAAUCAUAAGGCGGGAACAGGGGGCCUUACAGGAGACAUAUUAUUAUACCACCAGGUGUGAGUUUGAUUAGCCAUAGACUUCAGUCCACUGGGUAGGCUGGUAGACUGAUCUAUCCAGCACAGAUCUAGGUGGACACGCCCACUAGUGAUGUCAUAUGGGGCAGAUUUUCGAAACGGCUUGUAAGGCUAAUAACACUCACACCAGGUGGUAUAAUAUGUCUCCUUUAAGCGACUAAAAGUAACGUUUGUAUUUUAACUUCUUCUGGCCCAGACUCACUCUCUCUGUUGUCCAAAACUCAUCGUUGACUACUACAUUCCAAAGAAUUGGAUAAUAAAUAAAUGUUUUAAUUAAGAAUCUGUUUGUUUCCACUGUUCUGUCUAGAAGGGAAGGUUUGAAGGAUGUUCAUGAAGGCCAACAUGAGGAGUCAAGGCAAGGGGUUUUAUUACACUAGAGGAAAUGUGUUGCAGACAGGACUUAAAACACAUUAUAUCCCUCAUGAAUACUACAUGAAGGACAACAUUUACAUUAAGGUCAUUUAGCAUAUGCUUUUAAGUCAAUUUAUAAAAAAAAAUAGAAACAAUAUAUCUCUGUCGGUACAGUAAAGAUGUUAGUAGAAUCAAGUUCUAACCACUAAGAAUCACUAGGUUAACCCAUUCCCUGUAUACAACAGAGAUAUCUAGGAUAAGAUGCUACACAAUGCUUAGUACUAAGGAUAGCUAGGAUAAGAUGCUAUAUCGCUAAGUACUACAUUUAGCUUGUAUAAGAUGCUACACAAUGCUAAGUACAACACAAACCACACAGGACACAGAAGACACCAUCCAGUACAGUACCGGUGAACCUGGACCGUGUUGUGGCACCAGCCGGCCGCUAGGGGGAAGCACACACUGCUCUGUUCAACACGAGGCGGAUACUGAUAGUGGUGGUAGUCAUAUGUGGUAGUGGUUGGGAGGGUCAGGACCCGGGCGGGGUUUCUGCGGUUUGGUUUCUGGUGUCGUUGCUUCUGCAG